UCCCCAUUGAAGCAAAGACAGGUCACAGGCUUUCGAGGGCAAUCUCCAUCGGAUCAGGAGGAUCACACCAUCUAGUAGGACUCAAGAAACAGAGAGUGUCAUCCUUGGAAGAGAUGGAUAAGUGUAUAUCAACCCGGCCUGAAGUGCUCAGCGUGGAGAACAUUGCAAAGGUGCGCAAUCGCCUGGAAUCCCUGGGUGCUCUUUCCGAUGCGCUGGAAACAUGCCUAGAUCACACCCUGCUGAAAUUUAGCCGUGAAGAGAGUUGCUUGCAGGAGAAUGCCCGGCUAGUGAUACGUUGUGAGGAGAAGAAGCUGGAGUUUAUCUCAGGCAAGGGAGAGAGUAGCAUUGAAGUGUCCUUUGUGGAGGGCUUUCCUUGUUAUAAAGUCCAUCUCCCCAAAUUUGGCGAAGCAGUCGAGAUGUCAUCCUGUGGGCGGUUGCUGUUGAGCGUGGAGAACCUGGAGAAGAUAGCCCGUGAGAUCAUCUCCUGGAGGGAAAUGACCAAAGGCCUGAAGGCUUGCUUGGAAUACGGCUGGAGCCAUUUUGCCCAAGAGCCCCUCCGUGUGCAGGACAAUUGCCGGAUGGUGAUAGACACCGAUGGAAGAAAGCUGGAGUUAAUUUCUGGUGAAGGGGGGAAUUACAUUCAUGUCUACCGGAAGAGGAAUAGAAAGAUCCAAUAUGAUAUUCAGUUGUCUACCUUUUUGGAUAGCUUUGUGAGAGCUCUCACUCCCACUGUUUGGUAACCAAACUUUGCCAAUAUAUGCAUAACAUAAUGGGUGGACACAAGGAAUACAAGAUUUAUUCUGUUCUUUGCCUCGCUGUCCUCUGCAUUUUUGCUAGACAGGCGGUUUUUCCCAUCUAACUGGGGUGCUUCGAAGGGGGAGGAAAGGAGUCUGGAGAGGCCUUGUGAUAACUUGUAUCCCAGCCUCUCUGGUUCUUGCCCAAGGGAGGGGGGGGAGGAGUUCGAAUCCACGAGUCCAAAGUAUGCUAUGGCCUCCCAGAUGCUGUCUAGGGGCCAUAGCAUAGUUCCCUUACUGAAUUUUUUAGAUCUUUACACUGUUGCUGGGUUUUACUUUGGUUUUACACAGUAAUGUUAAACUUUUUGAAGUUUUAUAUUAUGUUUUAUCAUGUUGUAUUUUACAAGUUUAAUUGUUAUGAACUGCCCCGAGAGCCUUGACUAUUGGGCACUAUAGAAAUGUAAUAAAUAAGUGAAUACAUUUACUUUCCCCACUAGUUUAAAUGCUGCCAUCUCUGUUUUUUAAACUGGUGCAGGGUGAAAGGAAAAGAAAGGAAAAGCAAGGUGCUCCCUUCUGCCCCAAGGCAUUACAGUCCCCCAAGACUGCUAAAAACGUCUGCCAUAAUUUGCCCCCUCCAAAUUCAGAUCUGGAUCAGUGGCUCUUCUCUGAGCGCCCCCUGCCAUCAGAGAUGUGGUGGAUGGCAACCAGACCAAAAACCUUUGCUGUAGCCCCGUCUCUGACUAUGGAAUGCUCUUCCAAAGAGCUGCUUACCUGGAGCCUAUCUUUAGGUAUCUGCUGAAGACUUUUAUAUUCACCCAGGCAUUUAACAGGUUAACAACACAAUCUGGAAGAUUGGAAAGACCCAUUGUGCGUUGCCUGAACUGAGCGUGAAGGAAUUUUUCUGCUCAUUUUUUUGAUGCCACAAAUGAUUUGUUUUUCCUCUUUUUAAGAAAGCUCAUGUUUAAAAGCAGGAUCAAAGCUUUAAAAAUAAUAAAUAUGUAAAGCUGUGCUUUGUUUCUAGAAGAGGCAUAUUUGCUUUAUACAUGUACAUAUACAUAUAUGCUCAUAAUUCAUUUUACUUGCCCUCUAUCUCAGAGAGAACGAGAGGUCCUUUCUACACGGAAGGAUUAUCCCAGGAAAAUGGAGGGAUCGUCCCUGCUUGCUCGUGGGAUCCCCUCUGUGUCAUUUGGAUGCACAGGGAUGAUCCCGGGACGAUCUCGGGGGGGGGGGGGGGAGGCAGGUGUAGAAAUGGCCAGAGAGAGAGAGAGAUGUCAAGCUGUUGGUCAUGUGCAAGUGAUGUUUCCCAGCCUGGUGGCCUCAGGAUGCUUUUGACUUCAAUAACCAUCAGCCCCAGCCAACAUGGCCAAUAGUCAAGAAUGUUGAGGGCUGUUGUCUAGGGUACCAUGUUGGGGAAAACUGUUGGCGGGGUAGGAAGGAUUGCCUGUGACUAGUUAGGUGUGUUGCAAUUGGAAUUAAAGGGAGCUUAAAAUGGCA